CUUAGCGAUUUCAACAAUUUCGAUUUACACGUUCAACCGCGUCUUCACCUUAUUUGGUUUUUAUCUGGUUCGUUUUGUCGAUCCCGUAACCAUGAGAUUUUAAUUCUUUGGUGCCAAGUAAGGCAUUCAGUCUGUACUUCCGUUUCAAUCAUUUCUACUGCGCAAUACAUCUGAUAAUGUCGAAUCCAUCGCAAGCUCGCAACGGCGAUCGCGUCGUCAAUCCUCAACCAUUAGUGGUCGAACUCACCAAGGUCUUACCUAAGGAUCGCAAGUUCACUGCAUACCAUCUCUCGACGCCCCCCGUUACCACCGAGCCACUUUGUCAUCCUCCCGCAUAUAAUUCAGCAUCUGAUUCAAAGUCGAAGGAUAGACGCGCAAGUAAACCAUUGAAGACCUAUUGCGAAAAACACUUCUUGGCCAUUUCAAUUGGUGCUGGAAAAGACGACGCGACCCCCGAUCGAAAAGUUUUGGUUCUAGGAUUAGAGAUAUACAUUUACUCAACAUCAUUCUCUACUACAAUUUUCGUUUCCAAGGCAGACUCGACCGGGUACUUGAAUCUUUUGAAUCUCCCAAAAGGGACUCCUUCUCCUAUUCGGGAAGUCACGUCGUGUUUCCUUGCUUUUUUAGUUGCCAAGCGAAGACGCCCGACAAAGCAAUUAGUCGUCAACCUUUUCGCCCGAUCCCAGUCGCAGUACCUCUUCCCAGGCAGCGUUAAAAACGAUGGCAAGCAUGUAUUGGACGAUCGAGGAUUAGUGAAAUGGUGGUGCCGGAUCUUCAAUUCGUUACUUGAAGGAGAGCAAUAUUCAGACGCAAGAAAGCUAUGGGAUGAUAUGCACGGAUAUCUAACUAUACCCGGGCUAGAUGACUAUGAAUCUCGCGCCUUUCUCCCACGAACAAGUACGGCAGCAACCAAUUGGACGCUGGGACAUCCCCUCGAAAAAAUAUCCCCAUAUACAAAUGAUCCGGGCACAUUUGGCCGCAAUAUUUCUCCUAGAUCUCUGAUACCGACGUACCCCGAUGACCCCAAGGCGCGUUUCGUACAAGAACUGGAAGAGUCAACGCCAGACAAAGCUAAACUCCUCAAUGGAUGGAGAACACUAAAGACGCUUGAUCAGUUCUGGGAGAUGAUGGCUUUCCGACAAGAGUGUUCUAGCGGAAGGAUGACUGGGUUCAUGUGGGUGGUUUUCGAACCCCGAACAUUGUUAAGACCAGACUCGCCAAAGACUAGCUCUGCUACAAGCAUUCCUACCCCAGACGCCGCGAUUCUUACAUCCACAGACAACACUACGUGUCAUAGUCCGCGUCGCAAUCAACAGGAUACCAUCUCCACUAUGAGCCCACCUGCCUCUCCAUCAAAACAAGCUAGACGGAAAAAGACAAAAUCGCGGCGGAAGCACAAGGCAAAGACGAGGUUGACGGGCCCCAUUAUUCCUCGCGAACCCCGUAUCAAGACGGAAGGGAUGGAUUUUCCAAAGCUUACAGAGACCCCUUACUACUUCUGGCCAGAGGAUGGAAGGGGCCAAGUCGUCUUCAACGACAACGCAUAUAACCGAGCUAUCGAAUUACUACUUCAUCUCGAGUUUGGAACUCUGGAGCAAGCAAUCACCAGUACGGCGCGAUGGACGAAAGAAGUCAAUAUGGGCAAGACUUGGACUCUCGAUAUUGUCGGCGAGGGCGUAUUUGCGACCCCCGCAACAUCGCCUACUACUAGUGAAGCAGUGAACAACUUGUCUGCCAUGAUAAAGCGGAAACGUGCAUCCGAAGACACAUCCACGCCUACGUCAUUGGUCAAUACACUUGGCGGAGGACUCAUUCGUAAGAAAGCGAAGCUCGAUAUCAACGCAGCCGGUGCACUCGCGAAAACAGAGAACCUGCCCACGGAGGAGUCGCAACCUCAGGUGAACGUUCUCGGAGAGGGCUUGAUUCGGAAAAAAUCAAAGGCAUCUUGAAGCGUUUUAAUUAAGGUAUGAUUGUAUUUUAUGGAUUUCUGGUUGACUAGAAGGGCUUAAAGCUUGGCGUUAGCGAACACUGGACAAUGGUUAGGAAAUUAGGGACCUGAAGGCGCAACGUAUGUCAGCAUUCGGAAACCUGCUGGGGCGUCUUUUCCCGGGGCAGCCUAUUUGAAUUCAAAUCAUUAGGAAAUAUUAGGUAUGGUGCUUUUGUAAAAAUUUAGCUGCCAGUAUUGGCUUAUAAUUCUACCUAUUCUUAAUCAAACUAAAUCUCAUAGCAACAGUAAG